AUGUCCCGCCUCGCGAGCUCGCGCCUCGCCCUGCGCCUCCUCCCCCGGACCGCCGCCGCCGCCGCCCCCUUCUCCUCCGUCUCCCCCGCCGCGGCGGCAGCAGCGGCCGCCGCCGCCGCGUCCUUCGCUCCCAAGGAGGCCGCCGCCGCAGCAGCAGCCCUCCCUCCCAAGGAGGCGGCCGCCGCCGCGUCCUCCGCCGCCGCCGCUGGCGAUCCCGCGCCCGCGCCGCCCCAGGGGGCCCGCAAGCCGUUCGGCCUGCUCAAGGCCGGCCUCCUCACCGCCGUCACCGCCGCGCUCGGCGCCACCGGAUACGUCACCUACGCUUAUUCUGUGGAGGAGGUGGAUCAGAUGACGCGGGAGUUCCGGAAGAGCUCCAAGGAUCCCGUACCCGAGGACCUGUCCGGCUUCGAGAAGUAUAAGGCUACAGCUUAUUUCGAGGCUAUGAAAGUUCCUGUUGCUGCUAUUGACUUCUACUUGGACGCCAGGAGUCAAAUUGAAGAUCAAAUUAAGGGAUUUGUUGAACCAUCAUCAGAAAAACUUCUUCCGGAUCUAGCUCCUAACGAACAACAUGUCUUCACCGUAGUUCUGGAUCUGAAUGAUACUCUUGUACACUCAGAUUGGAAGCGUGAGAGAGGAUGGAAGACUUUUAAGAGACCAGGAGUGGAUGCCUUUUUGGAGCAUAUUUCAAAGUAUUAUGAAGUUGUUGUGUUUUCUGAUCAGUUGAGCAUGUACGUUGAUCCUAUUAUGGAAAGACUGGAUCCAAAAUUCUGUGUUCGGCACAGGCUAUCAAGAGUUGCCACUAAAUAUGAGAAUGGAAAACACUAUCGGGAUUUGUCAAAGCUGAACAGAAAUCCUGCCCAAGUUAUCUAUAUCAGUGGUCAUGCUCUUGAGUCAUGCCUGCAGCCUGAAAAUUGUUUGCCAAUCAAACCUUGGAAGCUUGAAACUGAUGACACUCAACUGAUUGAUCUUAUUCCGUUUCUCGAUUAUCUCGCUAUGUCAAGGAUUACUGACAUCAGGCCUGUCCUUGCAUCCUUCCAAGGUCGUGACAUCCCUACCGAAUUUCUUGAGCGUUCGAGGCGUCUACAAGAACAGAAGCAGCAACAGGGACGCAUUUGGCGGCGAUAAUCUGCUGUAGGGCAGCGAUGGAAUCAAGACUUCUCUUUGCAAUUUCGUCGACUUUGAUUCAGAAAUCACCUACUUUCAGUAGUUACCUCAUGUUUUAGUUACUAUAGGCGUCUUGGAGUGAUAUCUGACCAAGCUAUGUGAGAAUUUCACGAUAAUGCGGGUGACAUAUUUUUGGACAAAGAUGCGGGGUACAUGCCACUUAAAAGCUCACUUUGCUGGCAUUAUGAGAAUUUGUCGAAAUGAGCUUCCAGUUCAUUGAUUGCUGUAAUCAUGUGCAGUGUUACAAUGUGAACCGAUAUGGCAAUGUAGUAAGUUGGCGUAUUGGAUCCGUUUGUUGAUAAUAAGGUUUGUUAUUCCGGAGCCCUGUAUGAUGGGAUAAUGUGAACAAGAACCGGUGGGGUUUACCUGUUUUCUUCGCUUGGA